AUUCGCUAACAGAACGAAUUCGAACUCAGUCGUUCUGAGCGCAGACGGAGCGCUCUGAAACUAGCAGUAUAUCUUUAUGCUUCUAACCUUGGAUUUUCUGCUGUGAAAUCUUUCUGUGUUUGCAUAGGUUGUAAUGCGAGCGAUAUUGUAUAUUUUGAAUUAGUGUCCGACUCGCCAUUGUUUGAGUGCGUUUCCUUGUGCCAGCUUCUAAUGGAUUCUAAUAUUGGAACGGUGAAUGUGCUUGGAAUUCUUUGUUCGAAACAAGAGGCUCUAAAAAGCAUGUGUCUGUGUUUAUACUGUUAUGUCUUUUUGUAAGUAUGGAAGUUUAAUAGAAAAUCGAAAAAUCGUUUAUUAAAAAUGAAAUUCUAAUUAUUCUGCGCAUUAAACUUCGCUUAUUAUGUGACGUCAAAGAUUUCAUUAAAAAUUGAGAGUUUUGAAUGACUGAAGAGAGAAAACAAAGGAAUAAAAAAAUCGACAAAAUAUCAAACUCAUACAAUACUGAAAAGAAAAUUUCUUUGAUUGCAUUUUUAGGCGUGUAUUGACAAUAUAAAUAACUGUAGUACAUGAACGCUUAGGCGUAUAUUUAUUUUGAAAAUCAGUUGUAUGUACCCUAACAGUUUUGUUCAACAAAUACAUUUCUUCGUUUCUUUCGCUUCUCCUCCUUUCUUUCUUUCUUUUUUUUUUUUUUUGAAAAAGAUUAUUGAGUUUCAGGAUUAAGAUCAGUUGUUACGUGCGGUGUUAAAUUAUUAUUGCUACGUCCAAGAUCUCCGAAACUUCGCAUCAUUGUUUUGCGUGUAUUUGUUGCAAUGAAACUGAAUUUGGAUUCGUUUGCUUUAGAAUUACCUGAAAUCAGUCAUUCUAGAACAGAUGCUGCAUAAAAUGGAGUUUUGAUAAAGGCAAUCAAAUGUCGUGAAUUAGUCGGUGAUUUGAAGAUUUUAAAGAGGAAAUAAAGACAACAGUCAGGACCUUUUUGUUCGUAUGUGUUGCGAAACAGAAAUAUGUGACUUUCAAUAUUUUUUAUUUUAAAUAUCAAGAAUGGAAAGUGUGAUCGUUAAAUUAUCCCUCCUGGUGAUGAAUUUAUUUUUAUUUUCUUACACCGAGUGCAAGAGUGACGAAACAACCACGGAACACUACAACUUUCCGAAAGAGAAAUGUGAGAAUCUUUUACCAACUUGUGCUUGUUACGAUUACGAAGUAGUCGUAGGUUUGGAAUGUGAGAAUUUGACUGAUUUUUCUAACUUCACCAUUCUUUCAAAUGGCGGAUUAUUUAAAGUCAACACUACGUAUGAAAUCACUCUGGAGAGUUUGGAGUCACUGCCCGCAAAAAGUAUGAACGGCUUGAUAGUUUUUCGUUUGUAUUUGGACGACCCAAACAUUGCGGAUAUUGACAGCGAAGCUUUUGAUGGAGUUAUCAGAUUACGAAUUUUCCAUGUUCGUCGCAGUUCCAUAAAGCAAAUACCUAAUUUUAAAGUCAUCAAGGAUUCUUUGAGAGACAUCCAUAUAGAAAACAGCCUUCUUAUUUCUCUGCAUGGAACGGCACUUCAAGGGCUGUAUUUGCUCGACACAGUGUCAUUUGUCAAUAAUUCUAUCAGCAGCAUUGAUGUCGAUGCUUUCAAGGGGACAGAUGGAGUGCUGAUAUUUGAUGUCUCAUACAACAAGUUGCAGUUUUUACCGCCAACGUUGUUUGACAGUUGGAAAAACCUACGGAAGGUAGUGUUAUCGCACAAUCAACUACUUCAUGUAGAUCAACUCUUCGCUGUGACACGUCCUAAGUUCAUAUAUCUGGAUUACAACAAUUUAACCAAUCUGGACGGGGUCUUAUACCCGAAUAUGACGUCAGUGGAGACUCUCCUACUAGCCAACAACCCCUUUGACAGAGUGUCUGAAAUGUCUUUCAAUGGCAAAAUACCAAACGUCCGCUUUAUCUACCUCUACCACUGUAAAAUAACGGAGUUUGACGUACGUCACUACAAAGGGCUUGACACGCUUGCUACUCUCGAUCUGAGCUACAACUUAAUAACAAAGAUCUCCAACCAGACCGUAGACUUUGGGAAAAAUUUGGAACUCAAAUUUUAUGGAAAUCAAAUCAAAGAAUUUGAAGCUGAGCUUACAUACAAAGUAAGGCGACUGUACAUCCAAGACAAUAACCUCGAUUCGUUGGACAGAACUCUGCAAUUCACACAGGUGGCUGAAGUGUCUGUUGCGCGGAACAGACUCCAGUUCUUGAGCCAGCAAGACUUUAGAGGCGUCCAUGGCAUGAUUAAUGUAGAACUUCAAGGGAACAAGGUGCAGUGGAUCGAUUCCAGGACCUUUUGGAACAUUCGAAAUGACUUGCAUUAUUUGGACUUAAGUGGCAACUUGAUCAGAGCGCUCAAUGGUAGCGUAAGAUACCUAUCGCAGCUGAAAUCUCUCAAUUUGACACAGAAUUUGCUGCAGUCCUUCCAAGAAGGGGAAUUCACUGGGCUCAAUGAACUUGCUGAACUUUACAUUGAGCAUAAUCAACUGGUGGCUUUGGGCGGGCAGUUGCAAAGAGUGCCUCAACUUCAGUAUUUGGUGGUACGGAAUAAUCGCAUUCAUACUCUUGACCCUAAAGAAAUACCUAAAAGGUUGCAGUACCUCUACAUGGCAGAUAAUCCUUUCCGGUGUGAUUGCCAAUUAUCACCGUUUCUCCGAUGGUUGACCACUACAGAUUCCCUCGCAACGGACAUGGUGCCGUGCCUACCCUUAAAUGGGACUCACAUGAAUACAUCCGUUGUAUCAUCAUGUCCGCAUCCUUGCUCAUGCUCAUGUACGGAAGACGGAGGGGCAUAUUUCAUGACAUUAGACUGCAGCUUUCAAAAUAUGUCUGUUUUUCCGUCAUUUCUGCUAGAAAAAAAACAACAACCUGAUGAGAGUGCAAAUACUUCAUCGAUCGUGCAAGAUGAAUGGCUUGAAUUCUAUCAAUCAGGUGCAUUUGAAUUUCAAAUUCACGACAGGCUUCUUGGAAUAAAUCUAGAAGGCAACAAUUUCCGAUCUUUGGAGCACGUUCGUUUGCCUGUUCAACUUAGGCAUCUUCGUCUGGCUAACAAUAAGAUCAGAAGAGUUCCAGAUUCGCUUCUUGACAAAUUCCAUUCCCUGACGAAAGCCACUUUCUCUGGAAAUCAGUGGGAGUGUGAUUGCGAAAUUUUAGGAUUUAAAAAAUGGUUGCUAUCUAAAUCGGAUGUGGUUGAAGAUAAUAAUAUGACAUUUUGCUCUAGCAAUGAUGCUGAAAAUAUGAAUCUAGAUCGAAGAAAGAUAUACACUCUCACCGACUUAGACUUGUGUCCUUUGAAUAUAAUGCUGUAUCUGUCCAUAGCUCUAGUUCUCACUUUUCUUCUGAUGUGCGCUGCCAUGAAAAUCGUUUACACUAGAUACGAACUGAACAUCAAAGUCUGGCUCUUUUCUCAUGGAAUCACUUGCGUGAAAGAAAAGGAUAUUGAUAGGGACAAAUGUUUUGAGGCUUUUAUCUCUUUCUGCCACAAAGACUUUGAUUUAGUUCAUGGACAAAUAAUAAGGGUAAUCAAGGAAAAAAGACCAGACGUGCGACUUUGUCUUCACUAUUGCCAUUUUGUAGCUGGAGAGUUUAUUGACAAAAACAUCUUCAAUGCUGUUAAGCUUUCGAAGAGGACAAUACUCAUGUUAUCUGAAAACUACUUAGAAAGUGAGUGGUGCCUCAUGGAAUUUCGUGCUGCCGACAUGCAAUCUCAGAAGGACAAAAUAAACCGAAUCAUUGUCGUUAAACUUGGAGAUUUACCAAAGAAUAUUGAUCCUGCAAUUAAGAUGUAUAUGGACAACACGACUUAUUUAAAUUGGGGGGACAAAUACUUUUGGAAUAAUCUCUUUUACGUCCUGCCCGGACCUGAGAAAAAUAAGAACAUAAUUACAGAAGCGGGUAAUGAGAUGAAAGGUCCUUCCAUGUAUGAUUCCGAAUCUUAUCUCAUUUGAAUUUCACCUCACUGUAAAUCUGAAUUAAUUCUUCAGAGCAUUACCAAGUUCUAACAAAGAAAGUGGGGAGGGAGGUGGCUAUUGUUUUCAGAACUUUUUUCAAUGUGUAAAUACUCUGAAUUUCUCCAGUAGCAAGAAAAUUCACAUCAAAUUGAAAAAAAAACGCGGGAACUGAACUUCCGUAAGCUCCCAAGCAAAUUAAGCCCUGCUUCACGGGACAAACUCAUCAUUGUAACGUUAAUGAGCCUCAAUGAAGGAUAGUGGAUUUUAAUCUUGUGUAGAUCAUGAAUCUCGGGAAAAAAAAAAGAUAACUGAACAUUAUUCCUAUCGACAUUUCGGCUGCAUUACUUCCGUUACAUAUCGAAAUUAUACUUUCAAGUUCCUCAAAAGAAGCAUGAGUUAAAAAAAUUCUUAUAAACGACUUUUCUUAAGACUAAACUUAUAUUUGCAUUGCAAAACCUACCACACUAUGAUUCAGAAGAAUUCAAGGAAACUUCUUUCAUUGAAAGAAAAGAAAGGUUCUGCUAUACAAAGAAAAAAAAAGAAAA